AAAUUUAAAUGAUAUAUAAAUCGUGUGCGCCUCCCGACGACGGUUAUCGGAAGCUACGAAGUGUGGAAUCGUGCGACGACGGAAAGGGGGUAGCGCAAGAGGUAUAUGCCCUACGCUUCGUCAUACCAAAUUCAACGAACCUAAAACAGCCGUGCGUGGACUAGCCGGUGGCAUCGCUGGUCGGCUCCACCCAGCCUCUCAACUUCCUUGCUUGACUCUUAUACUAUCCGAAAUCCCCAAUAAAAUAUUCAGAAAGGAAACCUUUCUUUAAUUUCACCAUCAAGGUAAACAUAUACGCAUACAGAGACACGCAAUUUAGAUAGAGAUGGCGAUCCUCUACGCGGUGGUGGCGCGGGGGAUGGUGGUGCUGGCGGAGUUCAGCGCGGUGACAGGGAACACAGGGGCUGUGGUUAGGCGGAUCAUCGAGAAGCUUCCAUCUGAGGCCGAUUCUAGGCUGUGCUUUUCUCAAGAUCGCUACAUAUUUCACAUACUCAGAUCCGAUGGCCUCACUUUUCUCUGCAUGGCUAAUGACACCUUCGGCAGGAGAAUUCCAUUUUCAUACUUGGAGGACAUUCAUAUGAGGUUCAUGAAAAACUAUGGUAGAGUGGCCCACUAUGCACCUGCUUAUGCAAUGAAUGAUGAGUUUUCGAGGGUAUUGCAUCAGCAAAUGGAAUUUUUCUCUAGUAACCCAAGUGCUGAUACUCUCAAUCGUGUAAGGGGUGAAGUUGGCGAGAUCCGUACGAUCAUGGUAGAGAACAUUGAGAAGAUACUAGAGAGAGGUGAUCGGAUUGAGCUUCUUGUUGACAAAACUGCAACAAUGCAAGACAGUGCAUUUCACUUCAGGAAACAAUCUAAGCGCCUGAGAAGAGCACUUUGGAUGAAAAAUGCCAAGCUCUUGGCCUUGUUGACAUGCGUGAUUGUACUAUUGCUGUACAUAAUAAUUGCUGCUUGUUGUGGAGGCAUCACUCUACCUUCAUGCAGAUCUUGACAGGUGUUUUACUAGAUUGAACGUUCUGAGGUAUGCUAUAAUGAAUUAUGAAAUUCAUUUGUGGACUGUGUUAAGACAAAGCUGCAGUGAGCUAUGAAAUUUUGAGGCUUAUGAGGAAUCUAUACUUCUACAAGGUGCCAGAAAUAAUAUUGUAGUCGCUUAUGAGGAAUCUAUACUUCUACAAGGUGCCAGAAAUAAUAUUGUAGUUUGUCGAGCUGCUGUUGCAUACGGUACAAAGUAACGUAUACUUUGUUUGUUGUCAUGGAUCGUCUGUGUAUACUGUAAAUGCCUGGAUGAAACAUGCAUUAUUUAUAUGUUUUUUAACAUCGUCGUCUUGUGUUCAAUUAUAUGGUGUUAUCUUUCUGUCUCUGUAAAUUAUGACUCGAUAUGCUCCACUUUUAACAUUAUUAAAUGAAUUUUAUCUUUGCAGUCA